CACGUUGUAGUCGGAAGUCGGAUGUUGACGUAAGCAUGAUCCAGAUGAUCUCAUAAAUUUGAGAAUUGUUGGGGAUUCCGUGUAGCAGGCCUAAAGGGCCUGCUAGGUUUUACUAAAGAUGUACGCCCUCCUCUCCGGUUUGUGGAAGUACAUGUUCCAGAAAGACGAAUAUUUCGUUUUGAUUUUGGGACUUGAUAAUGCAGGGAAAACCACCUACUUGGAACAGACAAAGACCAAAUUCAACAAGAAGUACAAGGCCAUGAACUUAUCCAAGGUCACCACGACUGUUGGCCUCAAUAUUGGUAAGAUUGACAUCGGCUCAACACGGCUCAACUUCUGGGACUUGGGAGGUCAAGAAGAGCUGCAGUCACUCUGGGAUAAGUACUAUGCUGAGUCCCAUGCUGUCAUCUAUAUUGUGGACUCCUCAGAUCGAGAGAGAAUAAGGGAGUCCAAACAAGCAUUUGACUUGCUGAUCACAAAUGAAGCUCUAGCUGGAGUACCACUGUUGAUGCUGGCCAACAAACAGGAUUUAGAGGGUUGUAUGACAGUUGGUGAUGUUAGGAAAAUAUUCCGAGAAAGCUCACAUUUGAUUGGUCACCGUGAGUGUAUGAUGGCAGGUGUUUCUGCUCUGAAGGGGGAUGGUGUGGAUGAGGGUAUUGAUUGGCUGGUUCAGGCUGUACAACGUAACAACAUUCACCGUCCUCCCACGCAGAAAGACAUCACCCGAUAGUUCCAGCAUUCCCUGAACAUCAGGGAGGGGUUCUCAUUCCCGGGACUCAGACAAAAUUCUGACUUCCACAAUUUCUCAACCUUUUCGCAUAUGAAAGAGCAACUUUCAAUGGAGUUUAUGC